CUAUUCUUGCAUGGGAGAGCCUCUGGUCGCCGAGCCGACAACUGAGCAGACUCCGUUGAGCACAAAUUCAGUUGCUUAUCAGAGCUCCGACGCGCUUCCAGAUUCCUCAGAAGCAUUCGGAGUAGAAAACGUUUAUCGUGCUUUGAUUAUCUUCUGUGAUAAUUAUUCGUUGGAUAAAAAACAAGUAGCUCUCGGACUCUUUCUUUCUAUUCUACUUUUCAUCUUCUCUGUUGGCACUAUCAUUGCGUGGAAUCGAUAUUCACCAAUCAUUCAGGAGUUUAUCAUAAGAGAGAACAUUGAGAAAGCGAGAAAUAAGAGCAACGAAAAAAAUAAGAAAGAAGAAUGAAUAGUUUCAAGAAAUUCCUCAACAAAAAGCGAGUCCAGAAUCACUUCAAAAAGAGCGGUGAAGGUGUUCGUUUGUCAUCCGGCGAGUCAUCUUCGCAGCCUUCUGCCCACGCUGGAGCCGCCCAGGGAGGCCAAAUUGAUCGUGUCGCGGCCGCUGAUAUUGCUGCUCAGGCUGCUUUCAAACGGAUGCAGAAGAAUGAACCUCAACAAAAUGCUGGAAAACGAAGAAUUCAAAUGAUUGCAAAACGAGAGCUGGAAGAAGAGAGACGUCAGGUUGAAGAUCUCAACAUUUCUGGGACUUCAUCACUGCAGCAACCCGACCGUGAGCAACACCUCGAGCAUUCAUCCGCAAUAUCACGUGUUCUCUACACUUCCGAGUUGCUCGGUGAGCAUCAUAUUCGCUCGAAAGCAGAUCUUCUUGAAGAUAUCAAAAAUUUCCUUUCUGAUCAGAUCAGCGAGGCGGAUGAUGAAAACGAUAAAGUGAUUGCCGCAGUUUUGAUGCUCUAUUCACUUAAUAAGAAACAUCCCAAGGAGGUUUGUGUAUGCUCAGAAUUUCAAAAUAUCGAAAAAAAAUGAACUCAUUCUGGCUAAAAUCUCCAAUUUUGUCAACUUUUGUGUGUUGCAGCGGUCGGAAAAUGUUUUUUAAUCUAUUGUAAUAGUUUCUCACAUGUUAUAAUAACGUUAUUUCGUUAUUUAGCCAAUUUGAUCAUUUUUAGCUAACAAUAGGCUAAAAAAGUUACUUUGUUAACGGAAUAUUUCGGCAAAUUGAAGAGUUUCGCUAAAAUUUGCCCGUUUUUUUUUUCUCAAAAUUUUGAACCGCCAUCAUAGUUUUUGUGACAUUUUUGUCACAUUACCGUUGAAAUUAAACUAUCUAUCCGCAAAUUUCGCAAAAAUCAGCGUCGCACAGAAAGAAAAAAUCAACACGGAUUUUUGUAAAUCUGCGAAUCGGUCGUUUCACCUAAACUGUACGAAAUUCGUUGUUUUGGUAGAAAAACAAACAAUCUUCUAAAUUUCAGACUGCCAUCGAAACAAUCUGCAAGUAUUGUCAAAACAUUUUGGAACACCCAGGAGAGGAUAAAUACAAAUCAAUUCGUUUGGGAAAUAAGGCAUUCCAAGAACGAGUUGCAUCAGUA